AUGACUCACAUCAGGUUGUUGGCAUGCUAUGCUGGCCUUCUCGCUAGCGCCGCCGCGCCAUACUUCUCAUCGGCGCUUUCCCUUCGUUCUAGCCCAGCGACAUCUCAGCAAAACGGCCUCAGCACAAAUUUAUCUGUAACUGGUCAAGAAUUGCAGCGGACAACAGCGCCCACAGGCGCUGAGAAAACUGAAGACGGCCUGGACAUCAUAAACAAGCUACGGAGAGAAAAUCUCAAGGACCUAUUGGGAACGCUCACCAAGGCACAGGAAAGUGAGGUGACUGCAAGCCUGAAGGAAAUGGGAAAAACGGACCCAGCGAACCUUACUGCAGCAAAAAUUGCACAAACUCUUGCAGGCAGUAGUGAAACAUGUGAAUUGGGGGAAAACGCCGAUGCGAAGACGUAUCCAGGACUCGCAAUUCCAUUCGCGCAUUCCACGAAUUUCGAGUGCAGCGCUUUGAUCCAGGGGACCUACACAGCCGGACUCAGCCAACUCAAACAAUCGAACUUCGAUCCAUCGACAGGAACAUAUGAUGUUGAGAGUGCUCCAUUUAAUAAUGUAGACGCCAGCAAUGUGGCGUUUCUGCUGUCGGCGAAAAGCACAAAGGUCUCAUGUGCCGCCACCGAAGACUGCACUGGUGGCCAUGACGUUUUAUUCUGCUACUUCAUAGAUCCACUUCGAAAAGGAGAUAAGCCUUUCACAACUGAGCUUUACAAUGCCCUCUGGGGAUUGGAAGCAGGCGCAGCGUCCAUCUCAGUUCCCAGCGUCGCCACUGUUCUUUCGGUUCUCGCUCUAGUCACUCGGACUUGA